CUACGUUUGAACUGCUUACCAUGUUACUUAAUUUGUUUCGAAACGUUGGUUCAGACAAACUGACAAAAGGAUAGCCUUAGUUCUCUCCCCCGGGAUAAAUAUGUAAAUCCUAUCCUAUCCUAGUUUACCGGUAGUUGAUUGUCAGAAUAUUACUGUUCUCUUGUUUUAAGGCAUAUUUAAAAAUAUAUAUCUAUAUAUAGUCUAUCGCUCAGCCUUAUAAAGGCACCAGGCAAAAUGGCAAAAGAUUCAACACAGCAACAAGAGCAAAAAUAUUAUGUUACCGGUACCGUAUUUUCACCCAAUGCCAUGUGCAGGUGUGAGACCCUUUUAAACAUGAACUGCCUGAUCAAGAUUUUAUGCUUGCUAAUGAAAAUCCGAGUGUUGACAAGGGCUACACUAAAUAACUUGACGGGUCAGGUUGUGACUCACAGGCCGCCUGUUGCUAACCCAUAAUCUAAUGUAAAAGUAGGUACGUUUUGAUCUAAACGUUUUGAUAUAUGUGAAUAAGAUUUUGCUUUUACAUUACCAUAUUCUGUUAUUUAUUGGAAAUUUAAAUAAAAAUAAACAUUUUCUAGAUUCUGGGAUAGAGUAGAUUUGUAAGCACUUCUUCACUAAUAUGGCUAUAUCAGCAUAUUGAACAUUCAUAUUCUGAAAUUGUUAAAUGAUAAUAUUGUUUUUCUAGGAUAAAUUUGACUUAUAUUUUCGAUUUUAUUACUGUACUGAAUAAUAUUUGAACAUAGACUACUUAACAAAAAUGCAAUUGUAUAUACAGAUCAGGACAUGUCGUUGCAAGUAUAUUCAGCUGACAUCUAUUAGCUAAUAGUAUUAACUUUUUGAAUUUUCACCUGUAUUGUACUGGUGUAAUCCAAUGAUGGAUCCACAAACAAGGAAUUUAUUUGCUGAUAUGGGAGGAGCUUCUAAUGCUGGAAAAACGGUUGUCACCACAGAAGAAAUAUUUGCUAAUGAUGACAAGUUGCAAGACGAUGGUUCUAGUCAAAUUCCACCAACGCCUACAGGCUCCGAUAGCAAUGUAGAUACAGAUUCAUCUAUAGACAAACAGACUGAGAAAAAUGGAAACAAAGAUGAUUUACAUCAAGAUAUUCGACGGAACUCACAUCAUGAUAAAGAUCUUCAAAAAAUCUACAUACAGCAAAGUGAAAUUAAUGAAAAAACAGCAGAAAUCAAGAGCAAUAUGAUUCCUAAUGUGCGCAGAAGUAAUCGCUCGAACAAAGGUGUUCAACGGGAGAUGUUUGAUCCUUCUCACAUCCCAUCCCCAAAAUACAGUAAAUACAAGCCAGAUAUGACACCUCAACAGGCAAGUCCGAUCAAGAAACAAAAAGUAAUCCCAUCUUCCGAUUCGGAUGAGAAUCAUACUAAAGAAAAGCAACUUCAAAAAGAAACUAAGAAAGUUCAUCAUGAGAAGCAACAAAAAGUAGAGGAAGAAGUUGAUGAUCAAAUUAAAGAAGAAGAAGAAAAAUCAGAUUCAGAUAGUGAUGAUGAAUACAACGAUCCAAAUCGACUUUGGUGUAUAUGUAAAAAACCACAUAAUGGAAGAUUCAUGAUAUCUUGUGAUGUCUGUGAAGAAUGGUUUCAUGGUGACUGUGUUGGUGUUACUGUUCAAAGAGGUAAACAGAUGGAAAAGAAAGGAGAGGAGUAUGUAUGUCCAUCUUGUCUAAAAAGCAAAGGAAAGCAACCAAAACACAAACAUAAUUCAGACAAAGAAUCACUAAGACAUCCUAUGAAAACUGGUGUUAAAUUGAAAGGCUAUGCUCAUGAUAAAAAUAACGAUCAAACUAUAUUAAAAGAUAAGCAUUCUGCUAAAAAAAGAAAACCGAAAGAUUUUAACACACAACUUAGUGAUCGCAAAUCGACAGCAGAUCCAUCUAGUGCAAAACAAAGAAAAUGUAUUGUUGCCAGUUGUCCGAAUAAAGCACCAUCUGAUUCCGUGUAUUGCAGCAACGUUUGUAUUCUACGACACGCUAAAGAAUCUUUAGGUGGGUUAGGAAAAUCCAAAUCACAACCUGCGGUCUCGAAGAAAUCGCCUGCUGAAGCGAGACAAGAAACAAAGGAAGAAAGAGUUGUGAGAAAAAUUAAGGAAGCUGCAUCUAGAGGAAAAAUCGCAGUUAUGUGUCGAAAAACUGGUAAAAUAUUCGCGAAUGCGUCUGCGCCGCUCAAGCCUGAAUUAGAAACAUUUUUGAAGAAAAAUCCAACAUUCAAGCCUUUAAAACUUCCUAAAAACUUUAAAUUACAAAUGCAGGAAAGAGAAGAAAAAUCGAAAGCUCAUCAUGCUUCUCAACCCAAGAAAAAUAAUGAUCAAAAACAUUUGGGUGGUUAUAGUCAUGAUCCAGAUUAUAAACCUAUGGAAGUGAAACCGUCUAAUCCUUACAAAGCUUUGACACCAUCUAUCAAACAUUCGAAUGAUAUACAUACAGCUAAAAAGCACAAAAUAGAUAGACAAAAUUCAAACGACGCAAAAAAAUCCAAACACAAAAAGCAUGAUAACGAAAGAAGACAUUCAACAGAUAAGCAUGCUAACCCACAAAAAAUUACACCUUCAAAAAGAGAUAGCCGAUCACUUUCUGAUGAUAGGAAUGAUUUUAAGAAAGAUUCUGCUCCUCACAAUGAGAAAGAGGUGCGAAGAAGUGUUAAGAAAACGCUACAAGGGAUUUUGCAAGCUCGUUCAAACAGUUCUGAUGACCUGAAAAUGCAUCCGGAUUCUAUUACUAGAUUGGUAAAUAAAAUUGAAGAAUCAUUAUACAAAUUAUUUGGAAGUACAUCAUUUAAGUAUAAAAGUAGAUAUCGAAGUAUUUCUUUUAAUUUGAAAGAUGAGAAAAAUCAUGGUUUGUGGAGAAAGUGGAGAAAGGUGAUUUUGGGGGAAGUUACAUCAUCAAGCUUAGUAAAAAUGACAGCUGAAGAAAUGGCGUCAAAAGAACUAUCUCAGUGGAGAAAACACGAACUUACUCAAGAGUUGGAAAUGAUUCAUGAAAUAGAAUCAGCAGAAAAAAAUGUACGACCAGUUUCAAAAAUAACCCAUAAGGGUGAAAUCGCAAUUGAUGAAGAUUAUUCAGACUUAACUGAAAGCCAUCUUGAGACCUCUCAUGAAAAAGUUACACCCACUAUUGCACCGCAGAGAAUUCGUAGAAUCUCAGCUAAUCAGCCAGAUUCAGUCACAGACCUGAGUCCUGUUACCAUGGACACAACUUCUGAACACAACAAUCAUUUGUUUGAUAUGAAUUGCAUGAUAUGUACAGGACAAGUGAAAGAAGAAGAAGCGAAUCUAGACUCCGCAAAUAAAAGAGUCAAGCGUUCGACUUCUAUUAUAUUGAGUAAUGAAGCGCAGUCUACACUCGAUGUGGAACAUUCCGACGAAGAAAUAUUGAAAAAGAUUUCUGCUUUCAGUAGAAAACAAGAUAAACCAGUUGUAAUAUCUUCAAAGUCUGAAGAAGAACCUUCACAAGAUGAAGAAAUGUAUCCUAUUAGUCCUAAGAAGAACCUUCACAAGUAUGAAAACCUGGAGGAAAAGAAAGCACCUUCAUCUAUUACAGCCAUGAAACUUAGUCGUGAUCAUUUCUUAUGGACAGGUGUGAUUAGCAUGCCCGAGUUGUCAAGUUUUCGUACAAAUGCUUACACUGUUUCAGGAGGUGCUAGAGAGUUGGUUCAUUCAAUACCGAAUAAACUUGUCCUUGACGGGAGAAUUCAUCCUAAGGUCGUCUGGGAAUACCUUGCUAAAGUAAAAACUUUUCCCAAUAAAGAAGUCUGUGUUGUGCAGUUCAGAGCAUCUUCUGAAGAAGAUCGUGUUGGCUAUGUUUCAAUGUUAUCAUACUUCAGCAGUAGAAAAAGAUUUGGAGUAGUGAGCAAUCAAAAUACACAAGUAAUAAAAGACAUAUAUCUUGUGCCUCUUCUAGAAACAGAAGAUGUACCCAAGGAAUUAUUACCAUUACGUGGUCCGGGAUUACCCACCAAUCACCCUUCUAUGUUGCUUGGCGUAAUUGUCCGUUGCAUUCCUGAACCCAAAAAAUUAUCUCCAUUGUCUGAAACGUCACCGAUCAAAUUUGAAGAAAAACAUCACAAGGCGAAAAUUCUAAAUGAUGAUUUACCAGCUCGAAAAUCAUUGUUGGAUCGCAAUCGGUCGUUAACUUCUGUAAUGCCACACUUUACACAAAAAAUUGUUGAUACUGAAAAUAUCGGCUCAAAAAGUGAUGAAGAGGAAGAAUACAAUCCAGAAACUGCGGAUUUUGAAAAUAUUUCAGAUGACGAUCCUCAUAAACCAAUUUCACCCACUGCUGCUGAAGAUGAGGAAGCAUAUGAUCCAGAGAAAGUUGUUUUCGAUGAUGAUCUGAAAGAAGAUGAGGAUGAUGCUCCUUAUGAUCCUGAGGAUGAGGCAGAACGCCUGGAAAGUACUGAGCUUAAAGCAUUGCAGGAGAAACAAGCUUUCCUGGAAAAAAUGAAGCAUGAACUUGAAAUGAAGAAGGCAGAGCUUGCAAAGGAAGAAAUGUCAUUACAGAAACACACUCCACCUCCCCCGCCUCCCGCAACCAAAACAGUUACUCGAGUGGAUCCCAGAGUUGCUGCCAGAAUGAAAAAACUUAAAACAUCUAACAACAAUGGUGAUUCAACCCCGCCCCCUCCCCCACCCUCCUCAAAUGAAACACCUUUGCAAAAAAUAUUUUCUGUUUUGAAUUUUGACAAAACAAAAGCCACAUGAUUCGGUGCUAUUCUUAGUUUAUCUUCAUUUGUCUGUUUUUCAUUUCAAAGUUGUCAGCGAUUGAUAUCGGCAGCAUGCAUGCAUGAUUAGGUCAAUGUCACUACAAAAUAUACACAUGCUAAAUAACAUGUUGAAAGGAGCUGUCCAAGGUGGUCUGCAUCUGGUGCCUCAAAUUGUUUUUUCGAUUUUAAGAAUUCGAAUAUCAGAAAAUACUGCAGUGAUAUCAUUUCAACUGAGUCUCCCAGGAAGUGAGGUACAAUAUAUGCCCAGAUUUAUGUAAUGAGUUUUAUGCUACGUAAGGGCUGUUGAACCUAUUUAAUAUUUACAAUUUUAAUAAAUCGUAUUAUAUAAUUAUAAAUUUGCUGACUGGGAAAUAAUUCUUGAGAUUCAUUCCAUUUUGAUGUAAAAACAAGGACUUUUCAAUUUUUUGCACGAGCUGCUUUUGUUGUGUCAAAAUUAUCCCUAUUAGCGAACUCAUACACUUUUACAGUGUUAUAAAAAAUCCAUCGAUGCGGUUC